AUGUUGGCAAGACAUGUUGAAAGGUCCUUGCUAUUAAUAAAAACGUUGAAAGACUGCCUCAACAAGAACAACUUCAAAUGGACCAGUGAAGCAGAAGAAGCCUUGCAAGACAUGAAACGGUUCAUUGAAAAGUUACCCACGUUGACAGCACCAUACCCAAAGGAACUUUUGAAGAUGUACCUGGCGGCAGCCCACAACGCUGUAAGCGCGGUACUUAUGGUCGAAUGGAAUGGCAAACAAACUCCUAUAUACUACAUUAGCCGGGUACUAGCGGGUCCUGAGACACGGUAUCCAACACUGGAAAAACUGGUAAUCGCCGACUUCUUAGCAGAAAUUCCUGAGGGAGAAGUGAUUCAAGAUCCAGUGGUUAAAGAUGUACCAAAAUCUAGCACGUCUAGGCAAACCUGGAAGUUAUACACGGAUGGAUCUUCUAGUGGAAAGGGGGCAUGCGCGGGCCUCAUGCUAAUAAGCCCGGAUGAAAUAAAGUUGAUGUACACUUUGCGAUUUGACUUUGAAUGCUCCAACAACGAGGCAGAAUAUGAAGCACUGUUAGCGGGUCUGAGGAUGGCCAGUCUAUGGGAGCAACAAGAUGAGACAAUGGAGAAAUAUUUGGCUAAAACCAAGGAACUCAUAGCUUCCUUCGAUAGCGUUACACUCAAUCACAUCCAUCGCGGAAGAAAUCAAAUAGCCCAUGCCCUAAGCAAGUUAGCUACCUCCGGCAUGGAAAAGGAGGUAAAGGUGGAAACGCUUCAGUCACCUUCAAUAGAGCACCGAGAGGUGUCCGCGGUCACAGCGGAAGAACCCUGCUGGUACACUCCCAUCUUGAAAUUCCUCACAAAAGGGGAGCUGCCCUCCGCCAGAGGCGAUGCCAAGAAGAUACAAACAAGGGCUUUACAAUAUGAAGUACAAAAUGGCAUCCUGUACAGGAAGUCGUACUUGGGACCACUGCUACGGUGCAUAUCCCCAUCAGAAGCUACAUACUUAAUUCAAGAGACACACGCCGGCAUAUGUGGCAUUCACGCCGGACCCUGGGCGAUCGUUGCUAAAAUUCAAAAUGCUGGAUACUACUGGCCCGGGAUGCAUGAAGACGCGAUGGUCGAACUCAGAAAAUGCCGCAGUUGUCAAAAGUAUGCUCCACAGACACUCCGCCCUAAGAACAACUUGAUUCCCGUAACGGCGGCAUGGCCUUUUCAAAAAUGGGCGAUUGAUAUCGUGGGACCAUUCCCGCUGGCCCUAGGGAAAUUAAAAUACUUGACCGUGGCAAUCGAUUAUUUUACUAAGUGGGUCGAAGCAAAACCAUUGGCCAAGAUAACUGCUGAAAAUGCCAAAACAAAUUCCUAUGGGAGCACAUCGUCUGCCGAUUUGGACUGCCGCUAUAUCUUGUCAGCGACAAUGGAACACAAUUCACAGACAAGAUCCUACAAGAUUGGUGUGCAGAGCUACAAAUUCCACAAAUUUUCACAUCGGUUGCACACCCCCAAGGAAACGGCCAAGUGGAAAGGGCAAACAGAAGUCUGCUAG